AGUAAAUGAUGUCCGCGUAGGUGCGGGACAGCCGGAUAUAUGGCGGCCUCCACUUCUUACAAAAAAAAAGAGCAAUUCCCCUUCACCCGGCGGCCCUAGCCUUCUCCCCCACCCCUGCGAAUCGAAAACGGCUGAAGGUGAAGCAAUGGUGGCGGACGGAAGUGCGGCCAUGUGUGAUGAACAAGUGCAGAACGGGCUUGAGUUUCUGCUAGAUCCGGUAGACAGAUUUCCGCUGACCGAGGUCACUACCGACGUUGAGCGGCCAGAUCCACUAGUGCUGAUGGACAUCCGGCAUUCGGCGCCGGAAACUGCCGACUCUUCUUGCGCGAUUGUAGUUGGUCACAUCGACACUUCAUUUGAGCAUAUAAGAGCCCCUUGCAAGAGGCCGCUUUCACCAACAAAAUCUGCUGAGUCCACUGGUAAAGUUAACCCAGAGGCGCCGGGGUGGACCAGGAGGCUUCGGAUUGGGCGCGCUCCCCCUGAUAGAAUGCCAUGUGCUGGUAGAGUUACUCCACUGGAAGAAACCAUAAGGAGAUAUGCUAACAAACCUUCAGAAAGUGCAGUAAAGCCAGAGAUUGGUAUGAGUUUUGAUUCCCUUGGAGAAGCGUACGAUUUUUACAAUCUAUAUUCAUGGGAGAUUGGAUUUGGUAUACGGUACGGCAAGAGUCGAUUGAAUGUUGAGAGGACUAAAUGUAUGCAAGAGAUUGUUUGUGGAUGCUCGGGGAAACCUGAACAACAGAAUAGCAGAUCUUGUCGUUGCGAGUGCCCCGCAAUGGUCAGAUUACUAAGAGUUGCAGACAAUGGAUGGUACAUUGUUGAGCACUGGUCAAGCCACAAUCAUUCGCUGUCUCUCAGAUGCGGGGAAAAGGUUCAUUGGCCAUCCCACAAACACAUAGAUGUGUACACAAAGGAUUUGGUGAGACAGCUUAGGGCCAACAAUGUGAACCUAAACAAAGUGUACAACAUAGUUGGGAGCUUUUUUGGUUCGUCACAGAGCAUUCCUUUCACAAAAAGGUUGUUGCACAAUUUGUGUGGGAGAAUAAGCCGAGACCAAGCUGAUGAUGAUGUGAACAAAACCCUUGCCGUGUUCAAACAAAUUCAGCAGAACAACCCGGAAUUCACAUACAGAGUCCAGGGCGAUGAGGAAAGCAGAAUCAAAAACCUUAUGUGGACAAACGGAAACAGCAAGUUGCAAUAUAAGUUCUUUGGAGAUGUUGUCACAUUCGAUACAACGUACCGGACAAACUUGUAUGACAUGCCUUUUGGCUUGUUCAUUGGAGUAAAUAAUCACUUUCAGAGCAUAAUACUUGCUGGGGUGUUGAUGCGUGAUGAACAAGUCGAGAGCUUCCAAUGGGUAUUUUCUGAGUUCAUCAACAUGAUGGGCGGCAAACACCCACAGACAAUAUUGACAGACCAAGCAAGAGCCAUGGAGGUCGCAAUCAAAAGCAAGCUCCCUAAUACUGUGCACAGGUGGUGCAAGUGGCAUGUUCUUAAGAAAGCAAAAGAGAACCUUGGCGCACUGUACACGAGCAAGAGCAAGUUCAGGGCUGAAUUCCACAAGGUGGUAAAUCACAUGAUAAGUGUGGAGGAAUUUGAGACGGCAUGGGCUGCAGUUGUUGAGAAAUACAAUUUGAAAAGCCACAAUUACAUGACAAACCUGUACGAGAUAUGUCACAAGUGGGCGAAGCCAUACUUCAAAGGAGUCUUCUGUGCAAAGAUGACCAGCACUCAGCGUAGCGAGAGCGCCAACAACAUGCUGAAGAUUUACAUGCCACCAGCUAGCCCAAUGCAUGUAUUCGUGCGCCAGUACAUGAGGCUUCAAUUUGACCGUGAAUCGGAUGAGAGCUACCAGGAAAAAAGAACAAGGAUUAGUGGUGCCGUGAUGAGGACAAAUAUUGCUAUCGAGAGGCACGCGAGUAAGGUUUAUACGCGAAAGAUGUUUGAAUUAUUUGGUGAUAAUCUGUUUGAGGGUGGAUCAUACCAGGUUGAGGAAGUGGAGAAGAAGAAAAGAUACAUUGCAAGGCACAAUGAUGCUGAAAAACGAGAGAGGUGGAGCAAGGUGGAAUACAUGGUAACCAUAUUCGAUGAUGGGGAGUGGUUUGAUUGCGAGUGCGGGCAGUUUGCACACAUGGGAAUGCUUUGCUGCCAUGCCUUGAAGGUCAUGGAUCAUGUUGGCGUGCAGGAGAUACCUAAACGGUACAUAUUGAAAAGGUGGACAAAAGAUGCUAGGGACAUCUUGCCACAUCACAUAGCUCACUUCCAGAAAGACCAAGCUGCUAAUCAAUCAUUCACUUGUCGGAGUUCCACCCUUUACGUGCAUGCUAUGGAGCUAGUGAGGAUUGGAGACUCUUCAAUCGUUGCAUAUGAGCUGGUACUACCAAAGAUUAAGGACCUGAUACUGGAGGCUUCUCCAUUGGCUGAAAACAGGGAUGGUCUUGGGAUUGAGGAUAGUAUAGCUACAGAAGCUAGCAGAAAGAACAAUGGCUCAGGUAUGGCGGUAGGGAUCAUUGAUGCAGACGUUGUUGCCAAUGAUAACAAUGUCACCGCAUCUGGCAACUGGGAUGCUCUCGCUGUACUAUCAGCUCCAGCAAAAAAAUGUGGGGUGGGGCGACCAUGUUCAAGCAGAUAGAAAGCUCCAUAUGAGGGCCUGAGCAAGAGGGCCAUGUUCUGCAGUUUAUGUAAGAUCCCAGGGCACAAGAGGACUACGUGCCCAGACCGCGGUGAUGUCCCUAAACAACCUCACAAGCCUGUCACUUGCAAAAAUUGUGGUGUUACAGGGCAUCGACGCACCUCGUGCACUAGGCCGCUCAUGCCUAAUGCAUCUUAGAUUUUACAUUGAACAAAUGUACAAGCUGAGUAACGUAGGAUUCCCCAGUGUGUUAUGUAUGGAUGAAUUUGCUUGCACGCUUGAUCCUACUGAAUGUAAACUUCGUUCUGAUGAACAAGUCAUGUGUGGACCAAUAAAUCUAAAAAUCCACAAGUUUUUGUACCACUA